CAAAGUCUCCAAACCACAGAAAAUAAAGUUGGGAGCAAAGAAAGCAAAGAACCUAUGGUUCAACUUGCUCUAAGUUUUGGAAACCUCGAAGACCAAAAGGCAAAUGUAAUAUGUGUGCCACUUCUUGCUACCAAUCCUGAAUUGACGUCUCUCAAUGUCACCAAAAGUCUGGAAAAUAAGGCAGGGUCCAAGUUAUCUAAACUUUUCACUGCACUUCUAAAUGGACGGACUCGCUUGCUACCAGGAAGUCUCUUGGAAAUGCCUUUGAGCAAGGAUACCCAUGUGCUGGAUUGUGACACUGUGAUCUUCAUUGUAUGUACACCUUGGGAUGGGCCUGAUGGAUCUUCAACAAAGGUGCUGAGAGAGGCAAUUUCAGCUUUCCUACAGAAAUGCAGCAAACAAAAAUUCAAUUUGGUGACAAUGGCAGCUAUAGGUGUUGGUAAAACCUUGCAUUUCCCUAAUCAGACUGCAGCCAGAAUUUUUGGGGAGGGAUUUAAAGCCUUUAUGGAAAGUGAACCCAAUACCAGUUUAAAGAAAAUUAAUUUGGUGUUCCAGAAGAAAAGUGAUAUUCUCUUUCAUGCCUAUAAGGACACUCUGUUGCACAUGGAUUUGGGAGAUCGAGUUGUUGUUUGUGAUGAAAAUGGAGGAGCUUUUCACAAACGACCAUUUGGAGAACACAUCGACGUGACAGUAGGAAACCUGUUUGUGUCUGUGGUCUAUGGAAACAUUGCAGAGGAGAAGACUGAUAUUAUCUUGAAUUUAACCAACUUCAGAGAGUGGAAAGCAGGAAGUGUUGCCCAUGCUAUAUUUACAGGUGCUGGACCAGAAAUAAUUGAAAAAGUUCAACAGGAGUCCAAACAAACAUUUGUGACAACAGUGUCUGGAAAUCUGAAAAGUAAAUAUAUAUUUCACACAAACUGCCAGAAUAACUUUGCAAAAAUCAAGGACAUAGCUAGAAAUACAUUACUGAAAUGUGAGGAGAUGGGCCUACAUUCUGUGGCAAUGCCAGCUAUCGGAACAGGAGAGUGCAUGUUAGAUGUACAGCAGGUAGCAAAAUCCAUGGCAGACAGCAUAUCUUCAGUUGCACGUAAUUCUAAGUUAUAUAGCCUCUUCUGUGUGCGUCUGGUUAUGUUGGAACCGUAUGUCUACAGCAUCUUUUCCACUGAGUUUCAACAACGUUUCACAUUAGAACAGCAAUCUUCCUGGAAUCCAUUGAAUCUACUCACUGCUCGUCUAAAACGGAGACAAGCCAAAGACACUGAAGACAUAAAGGAUAGUGGCAGCCCAAUCACAAUGCCUCAACAUUCCGUAGAUAUACUGGACGUUGUGGGGCUAGACAGAGAGGCUGUGGACAACAUGAAACUUAUUUUGAAAUUGGAAUUUGACAACCAGUACCAAGAGGAGAUAAUUGAGGACCCACAGGUGAAAAGUUUUUCAGAGAUGGAAGUUCAAAAUAUCUUUUCUGUGUUGAAAGAGAAGCCUGAAGUCCAAAUUAUGCUGAACAAAAGAGAAGGAUGUAUUCAAGUUAACGGCUGUCACUUGAAUGUAAUGAAGGCAGCAGCUCAAGUUCAAGAGAAACUCAGAGCUAUUCUUAAUUCCAGGUUAGAAGAAGCAAAGAGAGAUCAAUCUAUGACACACUGGGUUUAUACUGAUGGAGACAUAAUGGUCCCUUUUGAAGAAGAACCCAGUCAGAAACUGGAAAAUAAAUUUUUGUCUGGUUUUAAAGGUGUGGUGACAGUUGCUCUUAAGGAUGGGAAAGAAGUCACUGUAAACCUUGAGACAAUGAAGGCAUCUAUACUGAAUCUUGGGAAAGUGGUCCCUGUUGCCAGAAAGGACUUAGCAUUAGAAUCUGAUCUUCCUGCCUACUGGGAGGAAAUGAACAGACAUUUCCUAAUGAUGGUGCCACUUGAUCCUAACACAGAAGAGUACUGUAAAGUUCAUGCUGAUUUCACUAAAACAGUCCACAAUUGUGAAAUUGUAAAGAUUGAGAGAAUCCAGAACAGAUACCAGUACAAAGCAUAUACAGUAAGAAAGAACUACAUGAUAGAGAAGAAUGGGGCUGCUGAUGUGAAUGAGCGCAUCUUAUACCAUGGCACAACAUUCACAAACUGCCACUCAAUUAAUUACAGUGGCUUCAGUCGAAGUUUUGCAGGACAAAAUGCUACUGCCUAUGGAAGAGGAGUCUAUUUUGCAGUGAAUGCCAUCUACUCUGCUGGAAUACAAUACUCUCCUCGGGACCCAGAAACCCAACUGCGUUACAUAUACCAAGUGAAAGUGUUAGCCGGACACCACACAUUAGGGAAGAGAGACAUGAGAGCUCCUCCAUGCAAGUCAACAAGUGAUCCAUUUGAUCUCUAUGACAGUUUAACAGACAAUAAUGAUAACCCAUCCAUGUUUGUGGUGUUUCAUGAUGAUCAGGUUUAUCCUGAAUAUCUUAUUUCUUUCAGAUAGAAGGACAUGACUGGUAAAUAACUACACAUGUUACAGAUACAGGUAUAGGACCCGUUAUCCAGAAUGAACAGGACCAAGGGUAUUCCGGAUAA